AUGUCUAAAUCUCUUGUUUUCAUCACUGGAGCCACAGGCUUCAUUGGCUCCCAUGUUGUGGCCUCCACGCUUCAGGCUGGCUACCGUGUGCGACUCAGUAUCCGGAAGGCUGAACAGGAGUCGCUUGUUCGAAGUCGGUAUCCCGAGUUCAGCAACAACAUCGAAGUAGUUGUGCUCCCUGAUCUCUCCAAGCCAGAGGCAUUUAGCGAGAAUCUUCAUGGUGUGGACUACGUCUUCCACCUCGCCUCUCCAAUGCCUGGGCGCGGCAAUGAUAUCCACCGCGACUAUGUCGAUCCCGCUGUUAAUGCAACUCUCGCGAUUUUGAAUGCCGCCCAGGCAUUCAAACAGAUCAAGAAAGUCGUCAUAGUUUCAUCAGUGCUGGCCCUGGCCCCGGCAAAUGCUGUCAUUUCUCAGAGUGUCUCUGUGAAAGAUAACACUGGAGAGCCCAACCCUGUUGACCUUGAUGCGACCUUCCCAGAGGGCUUUAGUGGCCACGCGCUCAAGUAUUCUGCUUCCAAGAUCAAGGCCCACGAAGCCACCCGGGACUUCCUCGUCAACAAUACUCCUCACUAUAACCUGAUAACUUUCCAUCCAGUCUUUGUGUUGGGUGAUAGCCUGAUUCAACAGAGUGCGGAAGAUCUCGGCGGUAUGAACGGCAUCUUUUGGAUGUCUCUGUUUUCUGAGAAGCCUCAGCUUGCGAAUGCCUGGGUACAUGUGCGUGACGUCGCGGACGCUCAUGUGAAGGCAUUGGAGAUUGAUAUUGAAACUGGCAAGGAGUUUAUUCUGUCUCGUCCGGUGGUCUCGUGGGACGAAGCUGUGUCUUAUGUGAAGGAGAAGUAUCCCGCUCUUGGAUGCAAGCUGCAAGGCCCCUUCCAGGGAGGUUGGACUGUCGAUACCACCGCAGCGGAUCAGACAUUUGGUCCGAAGUGGCGCUCGGAGUCUACUAUCAUUGAUGAUAUUGUCAACCAGCAGCUGGGUUUCCGGGCUAAGGCGUCGUCUAUUUAG